AUGUCAUCUACUCAAAGGGCCUUGCUAAUUGAAGCCCCCUUUGAGGGCCUCAACGGGACUCUAUAUGACGCACAAAGUAUUCUUCGGGUGCUGGAAAGCAAAGGGUUCGUUGCCGAAACCUGCUUUGGGGAAGACGCAACUCGUAGCGGUAUUUUCCAGGCUUGGGAGAGACUAAUCUUUGAGACAACGGAGGAUGAUGCUGUAGUUCUCUACUACUCAGGUGACGGUGGUCUGGUCCAGUCACCUCAAGGUGACAAGUCCGUUGAAACGGAUGACGAUACUAGGCCCUGGAGGUAUCAGUUUCUCGUACCGGUAGACUACAAUCAAUCGACCGAGGAUGAUUUUCGCGGGAUCUUAGACGUCGAGAUUUCCCAUGUCCUGCGACAGUUAAACGAGAGAACUCGCAACGUUACCGUUAUUCUCGACUGCUGCUAUUCUGGGCGGAUGUUCCGUGCCCCGAUGCUCGAGGGUCAAGCGCGCCAGAAGAGCCUCAAAGAUGUUCAGUUUCAUUAG